AUGGCCACAGGGAGGAAGAAACUUUUUGAUGUGUAUGAGGAACCAGUGAGUGGAUACUCAGUACACCUAUUGUACACUACAACAGGUUUGGACACAAUGCUGCCAUAGCAAACUCCUGACAAAGGAGUUGCAACUGGAAGUGAUUCUUAUUUCAGCCUGUACAGCUCUCCAGCAAAGGUGCUUUUUCAUGGCCUUGCACAUUAUUUGACAGUACCCCAUGCAACAGUGCUAAUCAGCAUCACACUGUUUGUCUGCUCUUUGCCUACUAAUUCUGUAUUUGAGUACUGGCUAACCCCUCACCGACCUCCACACGAAGCACAGACACACACAGUGUACUGCUUCCAAGCAAGCAAUACACAGGCAGGGAUGCCUUAGUGCUUCACUACUGACAGCUUUAGCAUAAACAGCCUGUACAAACAUGGCUUGUGGCCACUGUUGUACUCAAAACCCAGCACUAAGGAACAGCAUAAGAAAUGGCUGGUAAAGGACUGGGAAUAAAUCAAGUAUUACAAAAAUACCGUGGGGCAAGACAGACAUCAUUAUUUCUCACUGACUUGGAUCUUCCAGUUCCCUGACCAAGUCACCUGCUACAUUGCCCACUACUAUCCUUACACCUACAACAACCUGCAGGAGUACCCAGUGGCCAUCUCUUAAGGCCCAGUGGUGUCUAAAUUCUGCAAGAUUCACAUCUUAUGCCAUUCACUGUGAAACACAGUGUAUAAUUUAACUAUCACCACCACUACCCCUUCCAAAAGUGGCAAGGGCACUGAGCAGAAGACUGCAAUGCUGAUACUGAGGGUGCAUCCAGGAGAAACUAAGAAUUCCUGGAUAGCAAAGGGCUUUAUGGAUUUCAUUAUUGGUGACUCAAGCAAAGCUCAACUCCCAGACAAUUUUGUCUUGAAAGCGGUACCUAUGUUGAAUCCACAUGGUUUGAUUAUGGGAAAUCACCACUGCAUCUUAACAGGCCAGGAGCUGUACUUCAAAUACAGAUCUAUGAUGAAGAAAUGUUUCCCUUCCAUCUUGUAUAAUCAAAGCAUGGCCAAAAAGCUGCAGACAAAACACUCCUUUCAAUAUGACUUAGAGUCCACAGGACAGUAUUUCCACAAUGUGUUCUUGGACUACUGUGUAAAUAACAAACAGGAACAUGAGAAGGUAGUGAAACUGCAAGCCAGGGUGAAUUCCAAGGUCCUGAAUUCUGAUGCAUUAAACUGGAAUUCCAGCUUAACCCUGACCAUCCAGAAGGCAGUUGUUAUUCCAAAGAAGGUGGCCUUCACCUGUCAGCUUCUGCAGCACAGCUGA